CCCCGCUCUGACAGACUAGACCUUCGUGUUUCUGGGCCCCACGUGUCGUCUCCUUAAAUCUUUCAGCUGAAUCGCGCGGGGUCCGUUCCUUCUUCUCACAGCCCUCUUCCGCCAUUACUUGUAUCAAAGCAAAGUCCAACUUUUUAAUCACACAGAGUUUCUGCGACCAGUCCAAAUACAGAACAUGUCCAUCUCCAAAGUGGCCGUAGCCGGUAAAGGGCGACUCGGCUCUGUUGUGCUCGACGAGCUUCUCAAAGCCGGGUUCAAAGUGUCGGUCCUAACUCGCUCGUCGUCCUCGCUCAAAGACGUCCCAUCUGGUGUUGAAAUCCACGAGGUAGACUAUACAUCGCAGUCAAUUCUCCAAGCCGCAUUAAACGGAGUUGACGCAGUAGUCUCAACCGUCGCCGGCGUCGCAGUCUCCAGCCAGAAACCGCUCAUCGACGCGGCGAUCGCCGCAGGCGCCGUCAAACACUUCAUCCCAGCCGAUUACGCCAUGAGCCUGCGCGCGCCCGAAGUGCGGCGGCUACCGCCCUAUACAGACGUUCUCGGCAUCGAAAACUACCUCCGCGCGCACGCGCAGACCGAUGGCAAUAAUAUGGCCUGGACGGUUGUGGCAUGCGGUGGUUUCCUGGAGUACUCAUUCGACCUGCCGUUUAUGAUCGACUUGCCGAACCGCGCAAUCGACCGCGUGAAUGGCGGCGAGGUCCCGUUUAGCAUCUCUGAGUUUCGCACUGUUGCUACGGCUAUCGUUGGUGUACUGAGAGAGCCGGAGCGUGUUGUGGCGCACUGCGUGCAGGUUCAUGGCAUGCUUGUUACGCAGAACCAGGUGUUGGCGAUUGCGAAGAAGUAUUCCUCGGAUCCGGAGUCCUGGGUCGUGAACGAAAAGGAGGCCGACGUCCGAUUUGAAGAAGGCAUGGAUAUGCUGAGGAGGGGUGAGUUCACUAUGCAAGCGGUUUCGACGCUCAUGGCGGGUGUGAUUUGGGACCCAAAAUAUGAAACGGGAUUUAAAGAGACGGAUAACGAGUGGCUGGGGAUUGAAACAAUUCCCAAUGAGAGGCUCGAGGAGACUAUCAAAGAUAAGCUUCUUAGUGGGGUUUCCGGGAUUGCUUCCGACAAGAUUGUAUCUAAUGUUUAAGUCUGCUGGACACUAAGAGUAAGUGGAUGGUAGAAACAAUACCAUUAUAGCAAAGAACGAUUCCUUAAAAUGA